AUGAAAUUCCAUAACAAAGAUACAAUACUAGAAAUCACUUCUCAAAGCUUAAUCUCACUUAACAAGCUCACCAAUGUUCUUACACCACAACCCUCCGUAGCACACUUGAAAAAACUCUCCAAUUUACUCAACCGCACUGGUCAUGCUCGUUUUCGCCGUGCUCCGGUGGUUCCUCAACCUCCACCACCAAUGCCACCACUUCAUAUUCAACCUCAACCUCCUCGACACCAACGUUUAACUCUUGAUUUCACAAAAACUAAUAUUUUGAAAUCUAACCCUAAAUUAUUGUCUCUGGAUCGUGAAUUCCCUAAAGAUACGUUUAGCGUUUCAUCUAACUCUAACAAAUGUCACCGCAUGAAAGAGAGGAAAAUUAGGAUUCAGAGAACGGUGAGAGUAAUGGCGCCAAUAAAUGAUAAUAUCGCCGAUAUACCAGCGGAUGGAUAUCAAUGGAGAAAAUAUGGGCAAAAAUCAAUAAAGGGAUCACCAUAUCCAAGGGGAUAUUAUAAGUGCACUACGGAAAAUGGUGUCCAGCUAGAAUAUUUAUGUGUAGUUUGA